AUGGAUUCCCAGUGGCAGUCCUAUGGCAACCUCCCACCAGGUCAUCCGCCUCAUCUUGAUAAUGCAGCAGGGUCUAAUCCGUAUCGUCUGAACACCAAGUACAAUGGACAACAGCAGGUUCAACCACCCGCCGGAUACACCUAUGAAAGUUACCAAUCUCCCAUAACCGCCGCGCAAACCUCUGCUGGCUCCACGUCCAAGUCUGUAUCGAUGGCUUCAUCUCCAGCGGCAACACCCCAUACACGCGAUUACUUUACCGACGCCGAUACCCCCAUGGAGGAUGCUGACCCUUACAAUCGUGCUAAAUAUUCUACGAGGUUGACUCACAAUACUCGUCCGUCGUCGCAAUACAUGCCGACCGAGGAGUCAUCCGCUGCGCGCCGAUACUCCCCUAUGAACAUAAUGUCUCCAACUCUACCGUACUCGUCAAGUCCAACGAAGCCUGCCCAGAAUCCCUUUGUUGGACCUUCUGGCCCAGGUAGUUCUCGUCAGUCCCCUACGAGAGCUAGUGCGUAUACGUCACCACAGGCGUAUCAGUCACCCCCAGGCUCUCGCGCGUCUCGUCUGCCUCCUUUGCAGCCAUCGGACAUUAGCCCGGAACAAUAUCUACCUUCUUCGGCUACUUCCCAAUUGAGCGCCCCCUUCAGCGCCGAAAUAAAGUCACCGCGCACAACUCAACAGAACAAUCACAAACAGUUGCCCGGUCGUGGACCGAUACCAAAGUUCACAAGCAUCAAGUCGAUUCAGGAGCUUAAGCCCAGCAUCAAUGCGCAACCGGCUUUCCGAAGAGCCAAUCCUGAGGGGGGCUUUAUCAGUCCACUACAAGCACUCACGACCCACCUACCAGCUACGUAUCGCAUAUGCAACCCUACUUUCAAAUACGAGUCGUCGCGCAACCCUCGUCGUGUCUUAACGAAACCCAGCAAAGGCGUAAAGAAUGAUGGAUUUGACAACGAAGAUAGCGAUUAUAUUCUAUAUGUCAAUGACAUUUUAGGCAGUGAAGAAGGAGGUCACAACAAUCGCUAUUUGAUUCUUGAUGUCCUAGGUCAAGGAACUUUCGGACAGGUGGUCAAGUGCCAGAAUCUCAAAACCCAGGAGGUUGUGGCUGUGAAAGUGGUGAAGAACAAGACCGCCUAUUUCAAUCAAAGCAUGAUGGAAGUGUCUGUGCUCGACUUGCUUAAUAAGAAGUACGACAAAAAUGACGAUCAUCACCUACUUCGACUCAAGGAUACUUUCCUACAUCGUCAGCAUCUCUGCCUAGUGUUUGAACUGCUGAGUGUGAACCUAUACGAGCUCAUCAAGCAGAAUCAGUUCCGCGGACUAAGCACAACACUUGUGCGUGUGUUUGCGCAACAAUUACUGAAUGGUUUAAGCCUUUUAAAUAAGGCAAGAUUGAUACACUGCGAUCUGAAGCCGGAGAAUAUACUGCUAAAGAAUCUUGAAAGUCCUAUUAUCAAGAUUAUCGAUUUUGGCUCUGCUUGCGAUGAACGUCAGACGGUGUACACGUACAUCCAAUCCCGAUUCUACCGUUCACCUGAAGUCCUUCUAGGUCUGCCAUAUUCAUCUGCAAUUGAUAUGUGGUCUUUAGGUUGUAUAGUAGUCGAGCUCUUCCUUGGUCUGCCGCUCUUCCCAGGUUCGUCGGAGUACAACCAAGUGGCCCGUAUUACAGAGAUGCUGGGGUUGCCGCCUACGUGGAUGCUUGAGAUGGGAAAACAAUCAGGAGAGUUCUUUGAGAAGACGCAAGAUGAAUUUGGCAGAAAAACAUGGCGGCUCAAGAGCAUGGAACAGUAUUCUCGUGAACACAACACAAAAGAGCAGCCAAGCAAGAAAUACUUUCAGGCGAGUACUCUGGAGGAGAUUAUUCGCAGUUAUGCGAUGCCAAGGAAAAACAUGAAGCCGUCCGAAAUAGAGAGAGAGGUAAAUAACCGUGUCGCAUUCAUUGACUUUGUGCGCGGCCUACUACAAAUUAAUCCUCUAGAACGAUGGUCGCCACAGCAAGCCAAGCUACAUCCCUUCAUCACCCAGCAGAAAUUUACUGGACCUUUUGUGCCUCCCAUGAACUUGAAAUUCUCAGCACUCAACAAAAGUAUCGCUCCUGGCAUACAACAGCAACAGCAAGCGGAAGCUGCAAGCAAGCAAAGAGCUGCCCAGGCCGCUCAAGCUGCUCAAGCCCAAGCACAAUCUGCAGCGCAAUCCGCCUACGCCAUGCAGAUGGGUCAAUACCACUCGCCUUCUCAUAACCAAGCUCCCCCAGUUUACAAUGGAAUGUAUUCUACUCACCAGCAAGGUGCUCCACCGCCUUAUCCAUCUCAACCACCAGGAUAUGGACACCAAAUGGGUAUGAUGCAGGGUCAGAUUCAACCCCAAUAUGCACCGUCGCAAAGUCUUUACGCUCAAGCAACCACAAGAGCAGGACGGCAGCGAGCAACCACUUUGGAUCAACAACAAGGAGGGAUACCACCAACAAUCCAACGUGUUGCUAGUCAUCUCGACCCCAACGCUCCAAUCAGACUUCAACCUAGUCCAGCCUACUACCCUCCUCCUCCGGACGGUUAUGCCGAAUCUGCUGCAAAUUCUCGGCGUCGCGGAAGUCGCCCCGGGGCUAGCCAUCGAAACAGAGAUUUCAUCCGAACUCUCGAAGACGGCGCUCUUGGCGAUGGUUUUAUGGGGCAAUCCCAGUGGCAUUAA